UCCAGGCUCCGGAGCGGGACUGAAGAUGCCCCGUCAUGGACCGCUCCAUCACCGCCGCCGUCUGAGCUCUAGUCCGGGGCAUCCCGCUCACCGACUAACGGAGACAUGUUGAGGCUCAGCGCCAAGCCGGGGGUCGCGGCGCUGCUGGUGGUCGUCGGCGCCUUCUUCUUCUGCGAGUACCUCAUCUACUUCCCGGCCAUCUUCCAGUGCGCGUGGCCGAAGCUCGGCCGAGCGCGGGACGGAGAGGGCACCGGCGGGGCGGACUCUGCCGUGCGCGCUAUGGUUCUGUCGGACACCCACCUCCUCGGGGCUGUGGGGGGACACUGGUUCGACAAGCUGCGGAGGGAAUGGCAGAUGGAGCGAGCUUUCCAGACCGCCCUGUGGCUGCUGCAGCCCGAGGUGGUCUUUAUCCUCGGGGACAUCUUCGACGAAGGCAAGUGGAGCUCGCAGAAGCACUGGGAGGACGACGUGCGCCGCUUCCACAGGAUGUUCAGACACUCCCCUGACACAGAACUGGUCGUGCUGGUCGGCAACCACGACAUCGGUUUCCAUUACGAGAUGGACUGGUUCAAGCUGCAGCGCUUCGAAAAGGUCUUCAACGCCUCCUCCACCAGGAUGGUCACCAAAAGGGGAGUCAACUUCCUGCUGGUGAACAGCGUGGCGAUGCACGGUGACGGCUGUCCCAUCUGCCAGUCGGUGGAAAAGGAGCUGAUCAGACUCUCCAGAGACCUUAACUGCUCCCUUCAGAAGUCUCAGUCCAACAGCGAAAGGGCGGAAAACUGUGAGGGCUCGCGGUCCUACCCCCCCACUGCCCCCGUCAUGUUGCAGCAUUAUCCUCUGUACAGAGUGAGUGACGCCAGCUGCAGUGGACCAGACGCCGCGCCGCCUGAAGAGCGCCACCUGCUGUUCAGAGAGAAGUACGACGUGCUGUCCAAGGAGGCGUCCCAGCGGCUGCUCCGGUGGUUUAGGCCCCGCCUCAUCCUGAGCGGACACACCCACAGCGGGUGCGAGUUUCUCCACAACAAGAAGUACCCGGAAAUCAGCGUGCCGUCCUUCAGCUGGAGGAACAGAAACAACCCCAGCUUCAUCCUGGCGUCGGUGUCUCCCAGCAGCUACAGCCUGUCCAAGUGUUUCCUGCCGGAGGAGAGCACGGUGAUCGGGGUGUACUGCUCGGCCGGAGCCAGCCUGCUGCUGCUCCUCCUCCUGGCUCACUGUCUGUGGAUGAAGGGUUUGCUGCAGCUCAGCCUCUGCCUGCUGGGGAAGCACAAGUCUCUGUGAACUACGUUACCCAGAGUGCACCUCACUCUGCAGCGCCGGUAACUUUUCAGCCUUCCUGAUGCUCCUCGUCCUCCAAAGUGUGCUCCUGCAGCCGGACCUGGACGUGUUGUAAAUGUUUUUCACGUUUAUCAGUG